AGAAUCCCAAUUCCCAUCCGACGAUUAGUUGUAUAGCGUAUUUUUGCAGCUAACUCACCAAUAAUAGCAGAGCAGCAGUGUUAAAAGAAGAAGAUAAAGAGGCAAAGAGGGCGCCAUCGUAGAUCAAACGGAGCCAUGGAUCCAGACUCAGUUGCCAAAGCAUUCGUAGAUCACUACUACUCCACCUUCGAUUCCAAUCGGGCCGGCCUUGCUAACCUCUACCAAGAGGCUUCUAUGUUAAGUUUCGAAGGCGUCCAGAUUCAAGGUGCUCAGAGUAUCGUUGCUAAGCUCACCAGUCUCCCCUUCCAGCAGUGCAAGCAUCAUAUCAACACUGUCGAUUGUCAGCCCUCUGGUCCUGCCGGCGGUAUGCUUGUCUUUGUUAGCGGGAAUCUUCAACUCCCCGGAGAACAGCACGCCCUCAAGUUCAGUCAGAUGUUUCAUUUGAUGCCAACACCCCAAGGGAGUUUCUAUGUAUUGAAUGACAUAUUCCGGUUGAACUAUGCAUGAAGAAGGGUACUGGGUUGAAUUGUCUUUUGUUCGUGUUUUCUUUGAUUGAACAAAUUUACUGAAUAUAUUCUAAGAGUUUGAAAGGCAUUGUUUCAAAAGACUGGUUUGCUGGUUGUGGCUUGAUUAGUGAUCAAUGGAUUUAACUUUAUUAAAAAGCAAA